AUGGCUUCCUCCUCGUUUUCCGCCGUGGUCGUAUGGCCAAACGCACCGCUCACAGACUCCCUCGUCAAAAAGGCUUUGUCCCAGUUCCAUCCAAAAUAUCUCCAAUUCCCAGAAGAUGACGACGCCAUCGUCCAGUGGUCCAGCUACGAUGUUAUCGACCACGAACUCCUCCUCACCCGUCCAUCCCAUGUCCUCGCUUCAAGUUACAUCUUCCGCAAAGCCCUCAUUCGAAAACACUUUUUAUCUCGCAUCGUCCAUGCCUAUUGCAUCAAAAAUCCCGAUACCAUCUUGAAAACCGCCUUUCCUCUGACCUAUGAACUCGAAAUAUCAUUUGCCGAUGAGCUUGAUGAGAUGUGGACGGACGAGCUCUGGGAACUGGGAGAGCGCCUCGAUAGCGAUGAUACCUGGUGGAUCUUAAAGCCCGGCAUGGCUAAUCGCGGUAUGGGCAUCCGCCUCUUCGACAGCAAGGAUCAAUUACAGCAAAUUUUCGAAGACUUUGAGGAGGAAGACGAUACUGAUGACGAUGACACCAAGGGGAACGAUACAUCCGUCGUAACGUCCCAGCUUCGCCACUUUAUUAUCCAGGAAUAUAUCCCAGAUCCUUUGCUCUUCGACCCUCGCGAAGUUUCCCAGGAGAAAAACCUCGAGAUAAACUGUCUACAGGGCCAUAAAUUCCAUUUAAGAGUUUAUUGCGUUGCAACUGGUGCCCUCAAGCUAUAUCUCUAUGACAGGAUCUUGGCGUUAUUUGCUUCUCUUCCAUAUGGUCCACCGACCUUUGAAGUUAUUGAACCAGACGAACCACCAGUUAUCAAUCUCCAGCAUCACCUAACCAACACCUCGCUGCAAGCUGAGAAGGGAGAAGAGAAUGUCCGGUUGUUGGACGAGCUCGACGGAUGCCAGAUUCUGUCAGGAGAUGGAGAGCAUGGAAAAUUCACAUCUGCUGAUAUCAAGUUUCUCAUUAACCAGAUGGGAGAGGUUUUGUCCGAGACCUUCAAGGCAGCCCUCGAGAACCCCAUCCACUUCCAGGCCAUUCCCAACGCUUUCGAAUUGUAUGGUGUGGAUUUCCUGGUCUCUCAUUCACCCAACUCGCCAUCGCCCUUCUCGGUCAAGUUGCUCGAGAUCAAUGCUGAGCCAGCUAUCGAGCUGACCGGUCCCCGUCUAACCUGGAUCCUGGAAGAUCUUUUCAAGUCCAUUGCUGAAGUCUCUAUCAAACCAUUCUUCGCCCCCAACAAGGAGAACGACUGGCCAGUUGGCGAGACUCGACACCACCUUCUCAAGUGUCUUGAUGUUUCUGUGAUGCGAUUCGACUGAGCUUUUUUUCUGAUUUGGAUGGAACAAUAUCUA